UGCAUUUCUGCUGCGUCAGGCCUCGUGAUAGAUAUCAAUGAGUAAUGUUUUGGCCAUAUAAUGCUGUACACGUUACAAGAGAUCGACAUGAAUAGAACUAAGGCAUUGGCAUUUCAGCGCCUGUGUAUCACUCCUGCCUGAAGAUCCGACGGAUGAUAGCCUAUCACAUGCGAUGGCGUUCAAACGUUCAAUCUCCAUGGUCCCGAGGAAGAAAGCGUUGGAAGAUGGCCGCCGUCCGACAAAAGAACGGAAAGCUUCUCUUCCAAGCUUGCAAUGGGACCCGAGUGCGAAACGCAAAACCUUGGGAUUGAGCGGGCACGUGAAAAUCCUCAACUGUUGCGUCGAAGAACCCGCUACGCUGGCGUACGUAUACGGUCCAUUUGGUGGCGUGGCCGACUUCCGUGACCUGGGAAUCGGAAACAACGAGGAACUUCAUCACACAUUACGAGGUUCGGGACUGACCGAAGAUGACCAUAUCUCAAGCUAUGUCAAGGAAUGGUGUACCCAUGAUCUUUUGACGACUUCAAAUUGCCGCCGAAAAUAUGUGAAGCUUCACCGUAGUGAAGUGACUCUUCCCAAACCAUGGGUUGAGCUACUCUACAGGCCUCAGGCUUUGUCUAUGACUUCGCAAGCAAGGUUCGGUGGAGGAGGUGGUGUUGCUGGGGCUUUGGAGACCAACAUGGACAGGAUCCUUAAAGUAUCGGCUAACGACGCUAAGGACACGCGGUUGACGAUUACUCCGACUCACAGUAAUGACUACCAAGUGAAAAUGUGCGAGACAAAGAUACAAGCAAAGAACAUAUGGUUCACCUUCCCCAGAUCCAAGCAGAUACCAUCCCUCGACGACGAUUGA